AUGAUGCGGCCAGUUCUGCAAUUCCUGCUUGUGGUAUCGGUGGUCGCCGAUUUAGAGGGACAGAUUGACAGUUUCCAGAAGGGCAAAGAGGAUGGAAGCAAUCCUUCUGAGACGGAGUGUGGCCCAUCAUUCUGCUUUGAUACCCAGACAGCAAACUGUUUUCAAAAGCUACCAGCGAAGGUAUGCAUGAGGGCCAUAUACAUGUGUGUCAACUACAUGUUCAGUGACACGAAGCCGCAAGAGUUCUGCGACAAGGAAAGGAAGAACGGUAACUCCGAAGCAAUCGCUGCCCUGGCCACUUCGGAAUCCCAGCCCGAGAAGAUGCAGCGCGUGCCGCUGCCGGAAGCCAUUUGGCUGAUGUCGCUCAUCGUUUUUGGGUUCUUCAUCGUCCUCAAGCAUUUCCGGGCUCAGCCGAAGGCUGAGAUCACCGGGAUAAAGACGCCAUUGCUGUGUGACGCAGUGUAA